CCACCCCCGCGUAUUAUAUCUUCCUCCCUCCCCUCUCAUAUGCGCACCCUUCUUAACCUGCACCACCACCCUCUUAUCCUGCGCACCUCACUCGCCUCCAUGUCCGCCGCCUCGCUCGCCGUCUCCCCCAUUUCUCUCAACUUCUCGGGGCUCCGAAAUGGCACCGCCCGCCCCGUCCUCCGGGUCCGGAACCUCGGCCGAUCUAGGGUUUCCAUGAGCGUCUCCGUCGGAUCAUCGCCGGCUGUAAUCGACGACGCCUUGUUCGCCGAUUACAAGCCCACCAAUGCUUUCCUCUUCCCCGGCCAAGGUGCACAAGCACUUGGAAUGGGAAAGGAAGCUCAGAGUGUACCGGCAGCUGCAGAGUUGUACAAGAAAGCAAAUGAUAUUUUAGGGUUUGAUCUUUUAGAUCUUUGUAUCAAUGGACCGAAAGAGAAGCUUGAUUCUACUGUUAUAAGCCAGCCAGCUCUUUAUGUCACAAGUCUAGCUGCUGUUGAGUUGCUUCGUGCACGUGAUGGAGGUCAGCAGAUCAUUGAUUCUGUUGAUGUUACAUGUGGUCUAAGUUUGGGAGAAUAUACUGCUCUGGCAUUUGCUGGUUCAUUUAGCUUCGAGGAUGGGCUCAAGCUGGUUAAACUGAGGGGAGAAGCUAUGCAGGAAGCUUCUGAUGCUGCCAAAGGUGCCAUGGUCAGUGUCAUAGGGUUAGAUUCAGACAAGGUUCAACAGUUGUGUGAUGCAGCCAAUGAAGAAGUUGAUGACAAAGACAAAGUUCAAAUUGCAAAUUACCUAUGUACUGGAAACUAUGCUGUAUCUGGAGGUGUGAAAGGAGUGGAAGCACUAGAAGCCAAGGCAAAGUCAUUCAAGGCCCGAAUGACGGUGCGUCUAGCUGUUGCUGGUGCUUUCCACACUAUAUUUAUGGACCCAGCUGUAUCAAGAUUGGAAGCAAAAUUGGCUGCAACACAGAUUAGAACUCCAAGAAUACCAGUAAUCUCCAACGUUGAUGCACAGCCACAUUCGGACCCUGAAGUGAUUAAGAAAAUAUUGGCUCGCCAGGUGACUUCCCCUGUUCAAUGGGAAACAACAGUCAAGACUCUCCUUUCCAAGGGGCUGAAGAAGAGUUAUGAAUUGGGACCUGGAAAGGUCAUUGCUGGCAUUGUGAAGAGAAUGGAUAGAGGUGCCGAAAUUGAGAACAUUGGAGCUUGAAAAGGCGACCCAGAUGCAGAUUCUUCUCCAGUUGGUAUCCAAUUACCAUAUGAUACGAGUUGCUAGUGGCUAAAGUUGAGAGUAUGGGCAGAAGAAGUAGCUUGUUCAGCCAACCCAAAGUUACAACAUGAUCUUGAGUUUUCCGGGAAGUUAUAUAUACCAUUUAGAGUUUUGUUUGGGGUUUACAGAUGCUAUUAUCACAAUGCAAUAAGAGCAGAGUUCUUCUUAAAUUUGUGAGCUUUGUGAUUCAGUGUAGAAUAGUGAAAUGCAUUAAAGCUUUUGUUUGUCAUUUAACACUUUGAAUUGCUGAAAAUCUGAAAUGAUAUUACUUUCAUUGAUCAACAUCA